AUGAUGAUGUUGACGGUAAUAGUGAUUAAUGUAACGAAGGUGAGAAUAAUCAUAAAUGACGGUGAUAAUGGUAAGGAUGAUCAUAGCAGUGACAAUGAUGAUGAUCGUAAUGAUUGCAAAUGUUGCAGUGACAGUAAUGACGAUGAUAAUGAUGGUGAUGAUGAUAGCAGUGAGAAUGAUUAUGAUAACAAUGAUGAUGAUCAUAAUAGUGAUAGUGAUAAUGAUGGUAGUGAUGGGUGUGUGGGUGUGAGUAUCGAUAGCUAG